CUUGGUGCUCAAAGAAACAUACAAAAACCAUUUCAGCCUCUACUCUCUCUCUCUCUCUCUCUCUCUCUCUCUCUCUCAUAUUUUGACGGUUGCCCCCCAUUUUGGCUUCAUAGGAUUCCCUUGUUCAGCUGCUUCUGACAAUUCCCAAUUCAUGGAAAAUGUCCCUGAACCUUCAACCUCCCCAUGCAACAAUGCUCACCACAUUGCUGCAGAAGAUCCAGAAGGGGAGUUUUUCACCAUGGGACACAGAAGGCUAUUUUCUGCUCAUUCUUUCUCUUUUUCUUCUGAAGACUUGAGAUCUUUAGAUAUGGAUGAUGCCAAACUAGAAGACCCCUCCCUAGGAAGAGGUGUUUCGGAGGAUGACCCAGAAUCCGAAACAGCUUCUUCCAAGGCCAGUACCUCAGAUUCAGAUGGUCAACAAAAUCACAAAUCCGGUCCACAAUGGCGUGGAUUUUUUCGUAAAUUGAAAAAAGGACCAGCAAUGGGAUUCCAUACCUUCCAUCCCAGCAUUCCUGCCAUUAAAAUGCUCUCCAGGAUAAAAAGCAGAAACUCAAGAAAGAGCUUGCCAACGAUUGACGACCCAACUUUCGAUACCGAUUUGUAUUGCUUCAAGUCUUCAUGGAAGAAUUUCUCCCUUUCGGAGCUUGAAACUGCAACUGAUAGUUUCAGCCAAGAGAACUUGAUUGGGGAGGGAGGUUACUCUGAAGUUUACAAGGGACAUUUGGAAGAUGGGCAGCUUGUUGCAGUAAAACGACUGACCAGGGGAAGCCCAGAAGAGAUGACAGCAGACUUCUUAUCGGAACUGGGGAUUUUAGUCCAUGUCAAUCAUCCAAAUAUUGCUAAUGUUAUUGGGUAUGGGGUGGAAGGGGGAAUGCACCUUGUUCUUCAUUUGUCACCCCAUGGGAGUUUAGCAUCUCUGCUUACAGGUUCUAAGGAGAAACUGGAAUGGGAAAUAAGGUAUAAGAUUGCUUUAGGCACAGCUGAGGGUCUUUCAUAUCUUCACGAAGGGUGUCAGCGGAGAAUUAUACAUAGAGACAUCAAAGCUGCUAACGUUUUGCUUAGAGAGGAUUUUGAGCCGCAGGUUUCCGACUUUGGGCUUGCAAAGUGGCUCCCAGAGCAAUGGACUCAUCUCACAGUGUCACAAUUUGAAGGAACAUUCGGCUACCUUCCUCCUGAGUUUUUCUUGCAUGGAAUAGUAGAUGAGAAAACUGAUGUCUACGCCUAUGGUGUACUACUGUUGGAGCUCAUCGCUGGACGCCUAGCGUUAGACAAGUCCAAAAAAAGUCUUGUGAUGUGGGCUAAACCUUUGCUCAAUAAGAAUGAUUUCAGAGAGCUUGUUGAUCCAUCCCUUUCAAAUACCUACAAUUCAGAGCAGUUAAAUCGUAUCGUGUUGACUGCUGCUUCAUGCUUACAUGAAUCUUCAAAUGAGCGGCCUCCAAUGAGCAAGGUUGUUCGGAUGCUAAAAGGCGAAGACAUAAACAGUUCAGAGAGCGCAAAGAAGUUCCGAAGGCAGCCAGUUCUCAAGAGAACAUUUUCAGUGGGGCUCAUUGAUACAGAAGAAUACAAUGCAACCAGGUACUUGAAUGAUAAUCAGCCAAUACAGAUUGCUCUGGAGCUAUGAAAUGAAUGCUUCAAUGGGACUUGGGAGUUUUAGAUUGUUCUGUAGACUUUAUAAAAUGUUGAGGAGCUCGAAUUAUGCUGUAGAAUGGAAUUCUACUCGGUUGUGUUUCUGUAACAUUGUUGAUGAUACGGAGGUAGGAAAUGAUGGGAAAAUCGGGAGGGAAACCGAAAAGAUUGUAUACAGCAAUAGCAGAGCUGGAUUUGCUUGCUUUGUUUUUUGAAACCUUCUAUGUAUUUUUGUGAAGUUUUUGACAGAAAAAGACAAUGAAAGAUUUUUGUAUUUGCA